UUUUUAUCUCUCUUAAUUUAUGAGCCAGAUUUAUAAACAAUUAAAUUGUUUAUAACAAUUUUUUGACCACUCGGAUCGAAAUCCACCCUCGAAAUUCGUCAUUAGCAGCCAAAAAUCUAUAAGAAACCGUUGAGUUUGUCCAUCAGAAUUGAAAAGGACACGGUGGCCUCUAUUUGGCGCCUAGACUAUAACUUCCAUACUUAAAAUUUUACAAAUAAUUAAAACAAAACUGAAAACAAGACGCCAGAAGUGGCUCGUGUGCACGCUUCGAUUCAAACCAAUACUUUGCUAAAGCUGAAACGGUGUCCAGUGGUCGGUCUGGUGGCGAAUGUGCGACACUCGUUGGCAACUAUUAAGCCCCUAAAAUCAGCCAGACACUCAAAGUGGCUCGUCUGUAAUCGUUUAUUAAAAACAAUGCUUCUUGCUGCAAUUGAACACUGGUGGCGGACCCAUUAUCAGACACCAAUCUCUUAGUCUUCACACGCAUGGUUGAGGCUUUUACAAAACAUGUCCAUUUUUUAUAGACCGUAGGUUCAGUGUAGGUACAUACACUAAAUAAAAUGUUUUUUGGAAAUAAGCGUAAAACUUUUUUUAAAGAUGACUGCAGGUCUAACUCUUUUUAUUUUGUGCAUUCUAUCAAACAUUAUUUUUCUAGUUUUUUCAGAUUUUUCACUAAGGUUAGGUUUACUCCCAAAAAUCCGAAUAACUGUUAUUUUUGAAAGUGCUAAAGGACUCAGUUACUUCAAUUCAUAUAUUGUAUAACCUAUAAAAAACCUUGAUUUUAUCUAAUUUGAAGUCUAUUAAAAAUAAAAACGAAAAAUGUUUUUGGGUUACAAAAGUACAUAGUUGUACCUUUGGGGGGUCAUGCACGACAACUUUGCUUAAGGUCAUCAUAUUAUGAUCAAAUGCAUAGUCAUAAGAUACAUACUUAGACAUUCAUUUUUGUUUAUAUAAAAAUGGCCAAUAUUUAGAUGGCUAUUAAAAAGUAACGGUUGGUGACAGAAAAGUGAAAAUUUAGGGUUGUAUGUAUAUUGUGGUAAUACGUCAUAUAAAAUUAGAAAAAAAAGCAGUUUGUCCAAAAAAAUAAAAAAAUGCAGGUGAACAACCCCAUUUUUCACUUAGGUUGGUCGUACUAAUUCAGAAACCUUCCCGGGUUCAUGCACAACAACUUUGCUUAAGGUCAUCAUAUAAUCAAAUGCAUAAAUACAAACAUUCAUUUUUAUAAAUAUAUAGAGAUAAUUUAUUUUUUAUUUUAGGUGCUCCACAGGAUAGUACAAUGGAAGUUGCAACUACCAAACCGUUCAAUUCUCACAAAGUAGAUUUGAAAACAUGUACUGGUGACAGACCAUAUGAAUGUGAAAUUUGUAGUAAGCAAUUUACUAAUCGAAGUUAUUUAAAGUAUCAUAAUUUGAGAAUUCACACUGGUGAAAAACCAUAUAAAUGUGAAAUUUGUAUUAAGAAGUUUACUACUACACAAGUUUUAACUGUUCAUAUGAGAAUUCACACUGGUGAAAAACCUUAUAAUUGUGAAAUUUGUAGUAAGCAAUUUACUCAAAAAAGUGGUUUAAGAUAUCAUAUGAAAGCUCACACUGGUGAAAGACCUUAUGAAUGUGAAAUUUGUACUAAAGAGUUUACUCAACUAGGUAAUUUAAAGGAUCAUAUGAGAAUUCAUACUGGUGAAAAACCUUAUAAAUGUGAAAUUUGUAGUAAGCUAUUUACUCAUAUUAGUAAUUUAAAUACUCACAAAAGAGUUCACACUGGUGAAAAACUUUAUAAAUGUGAAAUUUGUAGUAAGCAAUUUACUAAACGAAGUCAUCUAAAGGAUCAUAUGAGAAUUCACACUGGUGAAAAACCAUAUAAAUGUGAAAUUUGUAGUAAGCAGUUUACUGAACUAGUAAAUUUAAAAAGGCAUAUGAAAGUUCAUACGGGCGAAAAACCUUAUAAAUGCGAAAUUUGUAAUAAGAAGUUUACUACUACACAAUAUUUAACUGUUCAUAUGAGAAUUCACACUGGUGAAAAACCUUAUAAAUGUGAAAUUUGUAGUAAGCUGUUUACUGCACUAGUAAAUUUAAAAAGGCAUAUGAAAGUCCAUACGGGCGAAAAACCUUAUAAAUGCGAAAUUUGUAAUAGGAAGUUUACUACUACACAAUAUUUAACUGUUCAUAUGAGAAUUCACACUGGUGAAAAACCUUAUAAAUGUGAAAUUUGUAGUAAGCUGUUUACUACAAAAGGUAGUUUAAAGAUACACAUGGGAAUUCACACUGGUGAAACACCUUAUAAAUGUGAAAUUUGUAGUAAGCAGUUUACUGCACUAGUAAAUUUAAAAAGGCAUAUGAAAGUCCAUACGGGCGAAAAACCUUAUAAAUGUGAAAUUUGUAGUAAGCGCUUUAUUAAACUAAGUAAUUUAAAGCUUCAUAUGAGAAUUCACACUGGUGAAAAACCAUAUAAAUGUGAAAUUUGUAAUAAGAAGUUUACUACUACACAAGAUUUAACUGUUCAUAUGAGAAUUCACACUGGUGAAAAACCUUAUAAAUGUGAAAUUUGUAGUAAGCUGUUUACUACAGAAGGUAAUUUAAAGGUGCAUAUGAGAAUUCACACUGGUGAAACACCUUAUAAAUGUGAAAUUUGUAGUAAGCAGUUUACUGAAGUAGGACAUUUAAAAAGGCAUAUGAAAGUUCAUACGGGCGAAAAACUUUAUAAAUGUGAAAUUUGUAGUAAGCACUUUACUAGAAAAUAUAGGUUAAAUGAUCAUAUGAGAGUUCACACUGGUGAAUCACCUAAUAAAUGUGAAAUAUGUAGUCAGCGGUUUACUACAAAACCUAGUUUAAAUUAUCAUAUGAGAAUUAUUCACACUGGUGAAUCACCUUAUAAAUGUGAAAUUUGUAAUAAGAAGUUUACUACUACACAAAAUUUAACUGUUCAUAUGAGAAUUCACACUGGUGAAAAACCUUGUAAAUGUUAAAUUUGUAGUAAGCUGUUUACUACAGAAGGUAAUUUAAAGAUACACAUGGGAAUUCACACUGGUGAAAAACGAUAUAAAUGUGAAAUUUGUAGUAAGAUGUUUACUAAAAAAGGUAAUUUAAAGGUGCAUAUGAGAAUUCACACUGGUUAAAAAGCUUAUAAAUGUGAAAUUUGUAGUAAGCAGUUUACUGAAGUAGGACAUUUAAAAAGGCAUAUGAAAGUUCAUACAGGCGAAAAACCUUAUAAAUGUGAAAUUUGUAGUAAGCACUUUACUCAAAUUACUCAUUUAAAUACUCAUAUCAAAUGUCACAAUGCUAAAAAACCUUAUAAAUAUGAAAUUUGUAGUAAGCACUUUACUAGAAAAUAUAGUUUAAAUGAUCAUAUGAGAGUUCACACUGGUGAAUCACCUUAUUUAAUGUGAAAUUUGUAGUAAGCAGUUUACUACAAAAAGUAAUUUAAAUACUCAUAAAAUGAUUUAUGUCCGGACAAAUAAUCCCCACAAAUUAUCCCUGGACAAAAAAAUCCACGGACAAAUAAUCCCCACAAAAAAUCCCGGACAAAAAAUUCCCACAAAUUUUUUUGGACAAAAUAUCUCCACAAAAAAUCCCCAAGAAAUAUUUGCUGCCGAAAAGUUCUCUAAAAGUGUUCCGGAAAUUUUACCAAAUUUCGAAUUCCAAUUCCAUGCUGAAAACUUCAAAUUUGACAUGACAAAGGAAUGUGAGCUUUUUCAAAAUCGUGGAAGAUAUGGGGAAUGAGCUAAGGCCUCGUUCUCAUAUAUUUUACUUAAGACCGUUCACAUGCUAACGCGCGUUUUAGGUCAUUAAAAUGCGCGUUGGCAUGUGAACGGUCUCAACUAAAGUGUAUGUAGUUGUAAUCGCGCGUUAUCAAAACGCUCGUUAAGCGCCUGUCAAGAGAACGGGGCCUUAGCUCGUUCCCCAUAUCUUCCACGAUUUUUGAAAAACUCACACUCCUUUGUCAUGUAAAAUUUGAAGUUUUCAGUAUGGAAUUGGAAUUCUAAAUUUGGCAAAAUUUCGGGAAAACUUUUAGAGAUCUAUUCGGCAGCAAAUGUUUCUUGGGAUUUUUUGUGGGGAUAUUUGGUCCAAUAAAAUUUGUGGGGAUUAUUUGUCCAGGGAUAAUUUGUGGGUAUUUUUUGUCCGGGAUUAUUUGUCCUAGCUUCAAAAACUGCAGGGGACAGUCCUACGACAAUGCGUCAGUUAUGAGUGGAAAAUACAAUGGUGUUCAGCUAAAAUUUAGAUAACAUAAUAUCUUGGCGUUGUAGAUUCCAUGUGUCGUCCACUCUCUAAAUUUAGUUGCUAAAGCUGCAGCUAAGAGUUGUCCUGCUGCCAUAGAAUUCUUUGAUUUCUUGGAAGGACUGUAUGAACCCUAUGUAUUUGUCACUUCCUCUACAUAUAGAUACAACUUGUUAAUCGAAUGUUUAAAAACGUCUUUAAGCGAGGGCAACGCCGACCACGGCAGAAAUAUUAUUGUUCCUAAAAAAGAGUAAAUACUACUAGAUGGUCGUCUAGAAUUGAUGCCUCAAAAGAACUAGUUAAAGGUUAUAAUCAGAUUAAAGGAGCUUUGUCCAAAAUUUCAAAAGACGAUGGACAACAAUUUGAAACUCGUAGCGAUACAAAUGGUUUGUAUAAUCGAGUGUGUUUACUGAAAACAGGGAUAUUUGCAAUAUUUUGGAAUGAAAUCUUAGAGAGGACAAACAGCACAAGUCGUAUUCUCCAAAAUCCAAAUAUUGACCUUAAUUCAGGAGUGGCGGCACUUAAAUCAAUUAAAAAUUUUAUAUUCUUUUAAGAAAUAUUUCAGAGACUUAAAUGACAACAUCAGAGAAAUUUAGGACUCAAAAUUGUAUAGCUAUUGUAGAUCCUCUUCAAGUCAUAGGCUUUGGGCAUAUGAAUCCAUUCAUUCCAAUUUUGGAUUUUUACAUUAUUUGGAAAAUUUAACUCCCAAUGAAAUUGAAGCUCACACACUGAAGCUUACCGACAAUUAUAGCAAUGAUUUAGAUCGGUGGUUCCCAACCUUUUAUGUCUGGCGACCCACCUUCUGAUGUUUUUUCAUAUUCGCGACCCAUCCUUCACCCAUGAUGUUAUCUUUGUACGUUAUUCAGCUACUCUAAGAACCACGCCGCGACCCACUGGUUAGGAAACGCUGAUUUAGAUGAAAAACUAGGUGUCGAACUAGUACAAUUUGUAGAAUUUUUCAAUUCAUUUAAAGAGGAAAUCGGCUCAUCAAAUAUAAGUAAAGAACUUCAAAUGUACCGACGGUUAAAAGAGAAAAAUGUGAAUGAUGCGGUUCCAAACGUUGUAGUGACACUUCGUUUAUAUUUAGUUCUGAUGGUAACUAACUGCAGUGGAGAGAGAUCAUUCUAAAAAUUUAAGUUAAUUAAAAAUCGACUUCGGUCUUUGAUAGGCCAAGAGCGCUUGAACCAUCUCUUUAUAAUUAGCAUUGAACACAAUGCCUUAAAGCAACUAGACAUGCCGGACAUAAUCAAGGGAUUUUCAGUUAAAAAAUCUCGAAAAGUACCCGGACUUGAACCAUACUAUAGUUAUAACAACAAUGUGUUUAAUGGUAGGAGCUAGGGCCCCACACCAAUUCUGCCCAGGGGCCCCCACUGCCUUAAAUCCGACUCUGGUCUUCACGAAUGUUGUUAUUGUGUAUGUAUCCCAAAUUUAGGGAAAGCUGUUCCACGUGGGAUGCGUCGGUUAUUUCGUCAAAUAUGACAGAAUAAUGAUUUGCACUUUAAACCUGAUUCAUUGUGAACGUAGUAAGCGGAAUAUGUGUUUGACCCUUAAAUCAUUUGAAUAGCAAAUACAGUGGAACCUGCUUAAUUCGAAAUCUUCUUUAAUUCGAAUUUUUAUUUUGGUCCCUAGCAUUUCCUAUAUAAGUAAUGGUAAAAAGUCGUGAAUAAUUCGAAUUAUAUUUUGGAUAAUUCGAACUUUUCUGCUAUCUUUUCUGAAUAUCUUAAAAUCUUUUGUCAUUGCUGAGAAACUAAAUUCUAAAAAGCAGCUAAAAAUUUCGGAUCUCUUUGGAAAAAAAUAAAGUCGAUCUUUUUUAUAGCUUGCAAAUGUUUUAAUUGGUAUUUUUGGCCGAAUUUUGUUAGCCCAUUUUUUUAGGUUGACAAAACUCAGGCAAGAAUAGGAACAAAAAUAUCUCCAAGCAAUAAAAAUGAUCAACUACUGUUUUUUUGCUGAUCAACUACUGAUAUUUAUCAUUUGCAGAUGUUUUUGUAGCUAAUCCUUGUUUUGUAGAUUUAUUUUUUAAUUCGAAUUUUUGGAUAAUUCGAAUUUUUUUAACGGUCCCCUGAGAUUCGAAUUAUCCAAGUUUCACUGUAUAUACAAUUAUUUUUUUUAAUUCUCGGAGGGUGUCAUGGGCCCCGUCUGAAACCGUCCUUGGUUUUAUCAGUCUUAUGAACAUCGUGGUGCGGUUAAAAAUAUGCUGCAAAAGGAAAAAAGGAAGAAAGGAAGUUUAUUACAGAGUGCAUCGAUGUGUAUCGGUUGUUACCGGCUCUGUGGAAUGUCAAGAGUAAAGAUUAUAGCUACAAGAUUAAAAAAAUAAACAGUACCGAAAAUAUAACGAAUGUUAUCCAGAUCAGUGGCGGAUCUAGGGCAUGAUUUCGGGGG